AUGCCCUCCUCCAAACUCAGGAUUCCCUACGACUCUCCUCUUUUCAUUAUUUUCGCGGUGGUGACUGCCGUCUGGUACAGCAAUAGCGCAGGAUUUCACACUUUUCCUCGUCUAACACAUCAUGGAGAGGACGCUCUGGGAUCGUACAUUGGCCAGGAACACCCGCAUUUGAGGCGGACGUUCACCACUGGGCGGUGUCUGGUGCUGAGAAGUCGAGAUGUUCUGUUAGACCCGCCAACGCCAAUGAUCUCUCAAGAAUUGGAAAUUCAAAUCCUUGGAUGGACGAGAACACCAUUCGCUAUCUCCGGCGGAGGCCACGCUCUUAACCCAGGUUUCUCAUCAACAACUGGCAUUCACGUCUCUAUGUCGGGCUUCGAUACCCUCGAAUGGCACAAGGACGAAAAUACGAUCGAUAUCGGCGCAGGUCUGCGGUGGGACCACGUUUUCGACUACCUUAACCCAGAAGGGUAUACCGUUGUUGGUGGCCGAGUGAGAGGUGUUGGCGUGGCUGGAUUCAUCCUUGGUGGAGGUUUGUCAUUCAAGACGAAUCAGCUUGGCCUGACUAUCGACACCCUCAAAUCUUGCGAAGUGGUUCUGCCGAAUGGAACUUUCGUUCGGGCGUCGCAUGACGAGAACCCAGAUCUUUUCUUUGGACUGAAGGGCGGUUUCAAUAACUUUGGCAUCGUAACGAAAUUCACACUGGGAGUGUACCCGCAGACCGACAUUUGGGGCGGAACGGUUAUCCUCGCCGAGAAGGAUAUCGGUGGUGCCCACGAUGCCGUCGUGAAAUUUGCAGAUACCGUUACAGACCCCAAGGCCACCCUGAACAUCAUCUAUGAAUAUGCAGAGGGCGAGUUGAAUGCCAUCGUCAUCCUCUUCUACGAUGCCCCUUCACCUCCACCAGGGCUCUUCGAUGAGCUCCUUUCAAUUCCCAACGGAAAGGUGACUGCCGCGAGCAUGUCCUUCGCCACCCUCCUCUCCGCCGGCCAACCACGUAACACUCCACGGCGCAUCCAAGACGUCGCCCCUGUCCAAAAAUACACGCCGAAGCUGCUCGACUCUAUCGCCAACGAGACCAAACACUGGGGAUCAUUCCUCGAGAAGAACCACUCAGGGCACUUCUUCGACUACGUAGUCGAGGUCUUCCUCCCGACGUACUACUCGCACGGGACCGAGUCGGCCUGGCCUCCCUCUCGCGACCCCGCGUCUGUGCACUACCCCGUAAACAUCGCGUUCGCGUGGUAUGAGAAGGCACAUGAUCAGGCGGUGUGGGACGCGCUGAAGGCGUCGGUAGCGAAGCUGAGGGCGGACGCAGAGGCGGAGGGGCAGAGAAUCGAGAACGCGGAGCUGUACCCCAAUUUGGUGAUUGAAGGUACCCCGCUCGAGAGGAUGUACGGGAAGAACCUGCCGAGGUUGAGGGCACUGAGGGACGUGUAUGACCCGGAGCGGGUUAUGGACCUUACUGGUGGUUGGAGGUUCUGA